GUUGCGACUGUCACACCGUGUCACCUAUUGUAACGUGCCAACUGCCUUUCCUGCCUUCUGCCAUAAAAUUACAAUGCUCCACCGAGCUGUUGAAGACGUAUCUACGGGUUCUGAUUCCGACUAUUCCAGGUGGAUCUCAUGGUUUCUAUCUUCGAAAGGGAAUGAAUACUUCUGUGAAGUUGAUGAAGACUUUAUCCUGGAUAGAUUCAACCUGACUGGCUUAAACAACGAGGUUACAAAUUACACACAGGCCCUCGAUUUGAUCACAGACCAGCUCGAUGAUGAUAUCCAGGAUGAAUCGCGCGGAAAUUUGGAUGUUCAGGCUAGACUUCUAUACGGUCUCAUUCAUGCACGAUGGAUUGUGACUGCUCGAGGGCUGACCAAGAUGAUUGAAAAGUAUAAACGUGCAGAAUUUGGUCGAUGCCCACGCGUGAUGUGCCAACUUCAACCUCUUCUUCCGGUCGGCUUAACCGACAUCCCCUACGAAAAAUCAGUCAAACUUUACUGUGGCCGCUGCGAGGAUCUUUACUCUCCCAAAUCGUCCCGGCAUGGAUCCAUCGACGGAGCUUAUUUCGGCACUACCUUUCCUCACCUACUUUUCCUCGUUUACCCCACAUUGAUACCACCGAAGACUGGCCAGACUGACAUUGGCGCUAGCUCUACGUCUGGAAGCGGAAAUAGAGAGGGAGAGAACAGAAUUAGGCGACGCCUACGCGAGGACAUGGAUCCCGCUAUCGCUGAAGGCGGGGGAGAGAACAUCAGUACUGCAAGCGUUGCUAUGAAGGCUGAGAGGUAUAAGCCACGAAUCUAUGGGUUCCAGCUUAAUGAGACUGCAAAACUUCAGAGGUGGCAGGAGGCUGUCAGGGAUAGACAAGUUGCUCGUCUAGAAGAAUUAGAGGAAAGAGGCUCAUAAACAGUGUAUGCAAUAUUUCUCUUUAUGGCCCCUAUCACAGCACUAUGGUGGCCUGAUCUGUGUCUUAAGUGUCUUAUUUAAUUAUUGGUCGUGUGUACGUGCUCUCAGAGGUUUAGCUAUUCUAGUGCCCAUUGUUCGAGAAGCAAUAGCCCAAAUGAUGCAAAUGAUGAUAACUCCGGAGAUGCUUCUGCCUUCGAGAGGAGGCGAUGUGUCGGUGAAACCCCAACCUUCACCCGGAACUCGUUCUGGUAAACGUCUCGAACGGAACCGUUAGAGGCUGGGAAGGUCAAGAACGGAAAGCUGAUGGGCGUGCUGGACUCGAAUAGAGCAUUGACUAAUGUAAUGCAAUCUGUAGUAUCGAAAA